UCUGGGAUCCCGUGUCUGGCCAGCUCUGGCGGGAGUACCAGAUCUUGUCUGUUCCCAUCUUGGGCAUUGAAUGGGGCCGGAUUCGCCUUCAGUGCUAUGAGCAGCCUGAUCUUGAAACCAUUACCUCCUUGGUUUCCGAUUAUCCUCCGAGUGCUUGUUCAGGCGUUGCUGCUCUCAGCACCGAGAUGGAGCAUACUAUCGGGACACAUCAGCGACUCGAUACUGCCAAGCAGCCAGACACUAUCAAUAGUGAGGACAUUUCUGGACAACUGGAUGCGGAAUCGAAGGCUUCAAUGCUUCUCGUUGAACCGCAGUGGCGCGAAGAAGUAUGUCUAUUUGUAUUUGGCUGGCGUGCCUGCUCAGACUAUUCUGGGGAAAUGACCGCCCCUGUUACCGCUGGUACCGAUGUUGGUGUCUCUACCAAGGGCUCGGGGGCUGGAGCCUUUGUAGAUGCGGUCAAGGGAGGUAUGCCUGGAGUCCACAACUACUUGGUCCGUCUCGAUCUUAGAUCUGGAAAGGUGAGACAGCCUACUGGCUUGUUCUUCUGCCGUUUAAACUUCACUUUAGAAGGUAUGAAGACCAAGAUGGUAUGGCCCUUUGUGUGGUCGCAGUCGCCUUUCGUUGUAUAG